CACAAAACCAACCGCAACCACUCUCUGCUGUGGUUAAAACCACCCACAUGCAUUCCGCACAAGAAUUCCACCAGAGAUUGAGCAGAGAUUCCAUCCAAACACUCCUCCCUCAGUUGGGUUUCUUGCAUUUCUCCGCAACGAUCUCUUCCAACGGUCAUAUUCCAUUUUGAAACCUCACCCAUGGUUUUUCUCUCCCUCUUUUGCAUGGUUUUUCUCUUCUCCAUCUCCAACCCUCCUGCACUCUGCUUGAAUCAGGAAGGCUUGGCUCUUCUCUCAUUCAAGACAUUAAUCCAAGAAGACCCAGAAGCUUCCUUAAGCAAUUGGAAUUUUUCCGACGAGAAUCCAUGUUCAUGGAAUGGAAUAACAUGCAAGGAUUUCAAGGUAAUUUCUAUCAGCAUUCCCCAAAAAAGGCUAUUGGGUUUUCUUCCUUCUGUUCUUGGGUCUCUUUCUAACCUCAGACACAUCAAUCUGAGGAGUAACAAGCUCCAUGGAAGCUUGCCCGCCGAGCUUUUUGAUGGCCAGAGCUCCCAAAGCUUGGUGUUUCCUACUGGUGUUGGGAAGCUCAGUUACCUCCAAACAUUAGAUCUAUCGGAGAAUUUCUUCAACGGUUCAAUACCCAUUUCGAUACUCCAAUGCAGGAAGCUGAAGACCCUUGAUCUUAGUCACAACAACUUCACGGGUCCUCUGCCUGUUGGCUUGGGCUCUAGUUUAAUUGUGUUGGAAAAACUCGAUCUUUCAUAUAAUCAGUUGAAUGGGUCUGUUCCAAGCGAUUUCGGUAAUCUGUCGAGUCUUCAAGGAACAGUCGAUCUUUCACACAAUCUAUUCUCUGGCCCAAUCCCAGCAGGCCUUGGGAACCUACCGGAGAAGGUCUAUAUCGAUCUCACAUACAACAAUCUCAGUGGGCCCAUACCGCAGAGUGGGGCAUUGGUGAAUAGAGGCCCCACAGCAUUUGUUGGGAACCUGGGGUUAUGCGGCCCUCCAUUGAAGAACCCAUGUUCGUCCUACAGGAAUCCAGGUAUUCCAACCACAUUACCCUAUAUACCAAAGAAUCAGCUGCCUGUGAUAUCAGAUGAUAAUAGCAGAGGUGAUAGUAGCAAGGGCAGAAGAAGCUUGAGUACAGAUGCAGUGAUUGCAAUUGUCAUGAGUGACAUCGUUGGGAUCGGUCUUAUUGCUUUGGUGUUGCUUUCAUGUUACUGGAGAGCAAUUCGUCGUAACGGUAAGGAUGAGGGUGGUGAUUCUGAGAAGGGGAAAACAGGGCAGAAGGCGUGUUCUUGUUUUAGAAAAGACCUGUCGGAGGCCAUAUCAGAGAAUGUUGAGCAGCUCGACCUUGUACCAUUGGAUUCACAUUUGGGUUUCGAUUUGGAUGAGCUUCUAAAAUCACCUGCUUUUGUUUUGGGCAAGAGCAGAAUCGGGAUCAUGUAUAAAGUUGUUCUUGAUGAUGGUCGCACCCUGGCGGUGAGGAGAUUGGGGGAAGGAGGUUCGCAAAGGUUCAAAGAGUUCCGGGCGGAAGUAGAAACAAUUGGGAAGGUCAGGCACCCGAAUAUCGUGACGCUUAGAGCUUAUUACUGGUCUGCUGAUGAGAAGCUGAUAGUCUAUGAUUACAUGACCAACGGCAACCUCGCUGCUGCAAUUCAUGGAAAGGCUGGGAUGGCGUCCUUUUCGCCCAUGCCAUGGCUUGUCCGACUGGAAAUCAUGAAAGGAAUAGCAAAGGGAUUGGCUUAUUUGCAUGAAUUCAGCCCGAAGAAAUAUGUUCAUGGAGAUCUGAAAUCCACUAACAUACUCUUGGGACCAAACAUGGAACCACACAUAUCUGAUUUCGGACUGGGCCGGCUUGCGAAGAUAGCUGGAGAAUCUCCAGCUCAAUCCAAUCGGAUUUCUGCUGAGAAAUGGCCUACUCAACCAUUGGAAGUCUCUGUGAAAUCACCCACGAAGCUCGAACAUUGUUAUCAAGCCCCUGAAGCACUGAAACUUCUAAAACCAUCACAGAAAUGGGAUGUGUACUCAUUUGGGGUGAUUUUACUUGAACUAAUAUCCGGACGAUCGCCAACGGUUGUUUUGGGCACUCCAGAUAUGGAUUUAGUAACAUGGGUUCGAACCCAUAUCGAGGAAAAGAAGCCGCUUUCAGAAGUUUUAGACCCUUGUUUGACUCAGGAACUGGAUAGUGAAGAAGAGAGGGUUUCUGUGACGAAAAUCGCUCUUUCUUGUGUUCAUGCCAAUGCAGAAAGAAGACCGUCGAUGCGGCAUGUUUCAGAUGCUUUGGAUGGGUUAAGCACCAAUAGCCAAGAAAGAUCCAUGGAAUGAUCGAGCUUGAAGUUUGAGAUCAACAGCCUAACUGCUGCCUUUUCGACAGAUCGGUGGCCUACUCUCAGCAUAAUCCAAGCUUUUAAACCAUUGAAAGAGCUCCCACAAUGUUGUAAGUAAUGCAUUCUUCUUACAAGCAUCAGUCAGCUUUGCUAAGCCCACACACUUUCAUGAUAGUUCCUAGUGGUGAAUUAGGUGGACCCCACUGCAUAGAUGACCUGGCCUGAAAAUGAGGCUGAUCAACUCAUGUAUGAUGAUUGAUAGCAAUGGGCGGUUCGUAUAAAAAUUUUCAGUGGCCCACAUUCAAUGCACACAGUUGGCCACAACUCAACAUUUAAUUUUUUGGCCAGAUCAUCAACAGGUGGGGCAAACCCGAGUAUGAUUAGAGGUUUGUGUGGGCUUAAUGAAACUAUUGCAUCAAUAGAGCUAAUUGUUUCUGUGGUGUUAAGUGAAGCAUGUGUUCUCUAGCUUAGCUUGUUUUUCUGUUGUGGUAGACAUUAGAGAUAAAGCUCUUCAGUGCAAGCUGUUUGUCUGUGUUCUUCUUAUCUUGAGCUUUUAGAUUGUGUGGGAAUUGUAGUGGCCAAAGUAAUCAAUGGAUAUGAUUUGUCUA